CCUCCCAACGACCAAUGCCGGGCCGGGAAGCCUGCCGGCGACUGUGGAUUGGCCGGCGUCGCGGUUGCCGAGGCGACGGGCGGGUCUGCGGGGUCCCGGGCGGGGCGGGGGCCGCAAGGUGGUUUCCGCCCAGCUCGGGUCCGCGCCCUGGGCUGUGGUGGGGUGGCCCCCGCGCGCCCCCCGCCGGCCUCCCGCUCCGGGCGCGCCGCCUCCGCCUGCGUCUCCGCCCCCUGGACCUGGCAGCCAGCUCCCGAGCGCAGCUCCGGGCCGGCUGCACGAUGGGCUGCGGGAACUCCACCGCCACCAACGCGGGCGCGGGCCGAGGCCCUGCAGGAACAGCUAAAGAUGUAGCAGACGACUCAAUAGCAGAAGAUGACAAGCGGAGAAACUAUGGAGGGGUUUAUGUUGGUUUGCCAUCUGAAGCCGUCAAUAUGGUAUCCAAUCAAACAAAAACCAUACGAAAAACUUGCCGUUCAAGAUCCAGAAGGAGUUUCUUUCCACAGAACAUUGUGACGUGUGCAGACAUCUUCAAGGGAAUUCUAAGAAGUUGCCUGCUCUCCUCCUUACUUCCCUCACUCCCAAUUCCUAAAUCUGUGGCAUAGUUAGAGCCAUGGGCACAUUCUAAAUGUUGCAGUACUAGGAAGGGAUCUGCUGACAACACACAGAUAGUGCUUGGAGCUUUCUGAGGGCCACCUGUUAAAAGGGAGCUGUCACUCUUAAGGCUCUGUGUCUUCCUGUCCCCCUGGUGGUGUCUCUGCCAUGUCUUUACACCAAUACUCUUUUGAUAGUUUUUAUAUAAUGAAAAACACACACUCUAUUUCUAAUUAGCAAACAAACAAACAAAAAAGACAUCUAGAGAAAUCUCUUAAAGAAAUAUAUCUGCCUGCUGGUUUUUUCUCUCUCCCGCCCCCACUGUCUCUACUUCACAUAUAUUGUUGGCCGGGUGAAUGCUUCACUGGUUCUCACAAUCAUCUCGCUCUCUUUUCUGCUGCUUGGUUUUCCUGACUAAGAUGUUCAGAGAAUUUCUUUUGUUAGGAAGCCAACCCCAUCGCAGUACUGAAGAGCAGACUGCUGAAAGGUGCCUGCGCUGUACAUACUGGUGAAGACCCCUGUUGUCUUGAUAAAUUCUUCCUGGCCAUCAAGUGUGUCUCCUUUCUCCCUUCACAUGCUCAUGGCGUCUCAUGGUCUUCACGCUGUGCAAUUUUCCAAGGACCUGCGACUGAUGGUUAGUGGGCUCUCUGGAAAGAUCUUUAUUUGAUAAUGACCAUGUGUAUCCACAGAGAGAUGCAAUGUCAAUUACUAAGUUUACCAGUGUAUUCAACAAUUAAAACAUUUUUAUCCCUCUUUA